GAGGGGGGAAGAUGGCGGCUGUUCCACUGAGGAGGAGAGGUGGCUGAGAUUGCUGUACUUGAUAAAAUUGAAGACUGAUUACUUAUCAACAAUGCCUGCUAAAAUUGCUUUGCAACUGGGUUUUCCUAUCAGUCGAUUAACCUUCAUGGGCACCAUUGUUUGUUAUUGAUUUCUCAGUCAUGGGACGAAAGGGAGUGUGCUGUUGCUGUGCYGCUUUGCGACCUCGCUACAAGCGUCUGGUAGACAACAUAUUUCCUGAGGAUCCAAAAGAUGGUCUUGUUAAAGCUGAUAUGGAGAAAUUGACUUUCUAUGCAGUUUCUGCACCAGAAAAACUAGAUCGAAUUGGUGCUUACCUGGCAGAGAGGCUGAGCAGAGAUGUUGUCAGACAUCGCUACGGGUAUGUUUUAAUUGCCAUGGAAGCCCUGGACCAACUUUUAAUGGCUUGCCAUUCUCAAAGCAUAAAGCCAUUUGUAGAAAGUUUCCUUCACAUGGUGGCCAAGCUUCUGGAAUCAGGAGAACCAAAGCUGCAAGUUCUAGGAACCAAUUCUUUUGUCAAAUUCGCCAAUAUCGAGGARGACACCCCUUCCUACCACAGACGCUAUGACUUCUUUGUGUCUCGAUUCAGUGCCAUGUGUCAUUCUUGUGAUCCAGAUCCAGAAAUACAAACUGAGAUCCGCAUUGCUGGAAUUAGGGGCAUUCAGGGAGUGGUCCGAAAAACUGUUAAUGAUGAACUUCGAGCRACUAUAUGGGAACCUCAGCACAUGGAUAAGAUAGUUCCAUCAUUGCUGUUUAAUAUGCAGAAAAUAGAAGAUAUUGACAGGACAGUAGGUGCUCCAUCCUCUCCUACAGGAGGAGAAAAAGAUGAAAAUCCUGCUGUGCUGGCUGAGAAUUGUUUCAGAGAAUUAUUAGGACGUGCAACCUAUGGGAAUAUGAAUAAUGCUGUCAGACCUGUUUUUGCACAUUUAGACUAUCAUAGACUAUGGGAUCCCAAUGAAUUUGCUGUUUCUUGCUUCAAAAUCAUCAUGUAUUCUAUACAGGCACAAUAUUCCCAUCAUGUAAUACAAGAAAUACUUGGACACCUUGAUGCUCGAAAAAGGGACUCKCCGCGGGUCCGUGCUGGCAUUAUUCAGGUUCUUUUGGAAGCAGUUGCAAUAGCUGCUAAAGGAUCAAUAGGCCCAACAGUUCUGGAGGUUUUUAAUACCUUAUUGAAGCACUUGCGCAUCAGCGUUGACUUUGAGCUGGGUGACAGGCGCAGUUCCGCUGGGAGCGCCACUUUCAGCACAAGCUCCAAGGAGAGUGAUGAGAGGAUUGUCCAGAAUGCAAUUAUUCAAACAAUUGGGUUUUUUGGAAGCAAUCUCCCUGAUUACCAGAGAUCAGAGAUUAUGAUGUUCAUUAUGGGAAAAGUGCCUGUUUUUGGAAUAGCUUCACAGUCGCUGGAUACAAGCCAUCUUGGGGAUUUAGGAACUAGGAGGAUUCAGAUCAUGUUACUGAGGUCUUUACUUAUGGUGACUUCAGGAUACAAAGCAACAGCUAUUACUAAUGCACUUCCUGCCCCAUUUCUGGACCCACUAUUAUCACCUUCACUUAUGGAGGACUCUGAGCUAAGGCAGCUGGUCUUGGAAAUACUGCAUAAUCUCAUUGAUCGACAUGACAACCGAGCAAAGCUCAGAGGAAUACGAAUAAUACCAGAUGUUUCUGAUCUAAAGAUAAAACGAGACAAAAUUUCUAGGCAAGAUGUGAGCUUCAUGAAAAAGCAUGGUCAGCAGUUGUACAGACACAUCUACUUAGGCUGUAAAGAAGAUGACAACGUCCAAAAGAACUUCGAGCUUCUAUAUACAUCUCUCGCUCUUAUCACAAUUGAACUAGCGAAUGAAGAAGUAGUUAUUGACCUCAUCCGAUUAGCUGUUGCUUUGCAGGACAUUGCAAUCAUAAAUGAGGAUAAUCUGCCAAUGUUUAAUCGUUGUGGGGUCAUGGCAUUGGUUGCAGCGUAUCUAAACUUUCUGAGUCAGAUGAUUGCGGUCCCUGCUUUUUGUCAGCAUGUCAGCAAGGUCAUUGAAACCAGAAGCCUGGAAGCACCUUAUUUUCUGCCAGAAACAAUUUUCAAAGACAAAUGCAAUCUUCCCAAAUCCUUAGAGAAGCAUGAAAAAAAUUUAUUUUUCCUCACAAACAAGAUCACGGAAUCAUUAGGCGGCAGUGGAUACAGUGUGGAAAGACUGUCAGUUCCAUAUGUGCCCCAGGUCACGGAUGAAGACCGACUCUCCAGAAGGAAGAGCAUUGUUGACACAGUCUCUAUUCAGGUGGAUAUUCUKCCUGGGAACAACACAGAGGAUAAGAUUGAUAAUACUGAAGAAAUCACUUUUGAAGCUUUGAAGAAAGCAAUUGAUAACAAUGGACUUGAAGAACAGGAAAAAGAAAAAAGGCGUCUUGUGAUUGAAAAGUUCCAAAAGGCCCCAUUUGAAGAAAUUGCAGCACAAUGUGAAACCAAAGCAAACUUGCUUCAUGAUAGACUCGCACAGAUAUUGGAACUCACCAUUCGCCCUCCACCGAGCCCCUCAGGAACGAUGACCAUUACUGCUGGACAUGCUCAUUACCAGUCUGUUCCAGUCUAUGAGAUGAAGUUUCCAGAUCUUUGUGUGUAUUAAGUGUCUUCUGAAGUCUGCUGGAUAUUAUUUAGAGUAGAAUACAGUAGAAAGAGCAAGAUGAGUUUUCAGAUUUUAUUGUUUAUUUCAUCUAAAUUAACUUUAAAAUAAUGAUGGACAUGAGCCAAAUGCAAACUAUUUUUUAGCCAAUUUCGUGAAAGUGUCUUGAGUUGUUUUUCUAGUAUAUUUGAUAUUAGUUUUGUUAUAGAUCACAUUCCUUGAUUUUCAUAUUUAAGUACAUGUAAAAGUUAGGUGUGCAACUUGUUUUUCCAUAUAGAUGAGUGUUUCAAAUAUUCUAGGAAUUUGUAUUUCUGUAAGUUCCUUCCUUUAAGGUAUUGUAAUAGCAGGAUUUGUUAAAGCUUCUUUCUGUUUUGUUCUGUUUUCCUCUCCUCUGUGUCAAUUUAUGUAUCUAACUAGAAUGCUUUUGGCUUGCUUCAUCUCAAUACAUGUAAUAGAAGAGCAGGACCUUAGUUUCCUUUUCUUCAUUCUCCAUCUAUUUCAUUACUUCUUAAUAUAUUGGGAGUGGGAACAUACCUUACAUGUGUUCAAGUAGCGUAAAGUAAUGAUUGGACACUUGUUAGUAUCUUUGAUAUAUAAUACACUUUUUAGCUAUAUAUGCCCAGUGUCUAUCCUCUGUUACCAGCUGAAAGUUAGUGCUUUGUUUAACAGAUGAAAAGUCUCUUCYUGGAACAAUGAAUUGUGCAAUAUUUUUCAUGUCUUAAGAUGUAUAGUUUACAAACUGUACUUUGGAAAAUGCAGUAGUAUUUUGCUCUGUCUGCUUUAGUAUAAAUACGAGAGAUAUAUUUAGUAUAGCAACAAAUAAACUGAGGGUGUUUUAAAGCAUAAAUACAAAAAUUAGAGUUAUAUUCUAUGAGAUGUUUCUCUGUAGUUUAUUAUAGCUUUAUAAAGAUAUUUUGGAAGUUGAAAGAAGACUGGAUGAAACUAUUUAAAGACCAAGAAUUUAUUACAUGUGUUUUCAAGCAAAAGCAUUUUUACAGAUUCAUCUGUGUGUUUCUUUUUGUUUCAUUUCAUAAAUCUAACUGGAAAUAAGGAAAACAUAGUAGCUUUCAUAGGUUUAUGUAUCUGAGUAUACAAUUCAAAUGUAAAUUCAGUGAAACUGAGAGGAAAUCACUGAAUUUUUAAUGAUAAUUGAGUUGUCUUUCCGAAAUCUGUCUUACUAAAUUUUGUAGGGAARAAUUGUGUGUAGCUGAUGUCAUAAAUAGAAAUUUUAAGUGCCAUAAUCCCUCUGAAUCUGAUUGAAGCAAGUACAAAUGUGAGUGAAUGUUCUCAAAUAUUAGUAUGAAAUAUAAAACUUCUAAGUUAGCCAGCAGUUCAGGUGAACAGUGAUCUGGCCAUGGGCAAAUCCAUGUAGCUUUUUUUAGGCAUACUUUGAGCAAGGGCUUGGCCUAGAUUGCCUUCAGAAAUCCCACCUAAAUUAAUCUGUUUCAUAAUGCUGAGACCCAAAGGGCUAUUGUUUGAUGAGCAAGCUGGCUAACUUGCUAAGUAUUUUGAGCAUUUGCACACCUGUUGUGAAACAGACCUCCAGGUUUUUGAACUGAUGUACAGCAUUCCACUACACUAUUUUUUAAAACCUGUCAUAUACGACAUGACAUCAGAGAUAUUUCAGCUACUUAAACCUAUGAGUUAACAUGCUGAGACUUUUGGAAACCAUUCUCAAAACUCAAAAUGUAAUUGAGACCUUCUUUUCAGUUUAACAGUGCAAUCACAGCUGUUAGUGGAUGACGAAACAACCCUUUACCUACAGCAUUCCGUUGUGAUUUUUACUGCUGCACCGUAUCAGCCUGAUCAGACCACAGUCUGCACAUAAAUAGGACACGUUGUCACUCUAGCUUUUAGUUUUCACUUUUUGUUUUUUUUAAGGUAAGACAUAAUAGUUUUUACCUGUAUGAAGAGUGUAAUUUUUAAAAUAGUAAAUAUAACCUACAAUGUAAAACAUUUCUCCACUGUCAUUUUUUAGAGUAACACUGUGCACUUUUGUACAAAAAAGCAGUCUAAAGGAUAAGAAAUAUAGAAUGUACUUUUGUUUGCACUCUUGCAAUAUGCAGACUGUGUAAAUACAGAAUUGUUUCUCUGAAUUCUGUUGCAUGAAUGCUGCCUGUAAAAAUAUUUACCUUGUUUCAUUUUCUGUUGUGUUCAUGAGAUCUUUUUCAUUUAUGCCAAUGAUAAGUUUCCAUGCUUCCAAAGUUCAAAUUAGCUGUUUGGGGAGAGCAGGUGUUGUACAGGUAUUGAGCAGGGAAAAAAAAAAAAAAAAAAAAAAAAGGCUUGUAACACUCCAGCGCUGCAAGUGCUGAGAGGAUAUCUCAGUUCUUCCUUUCUGGAAAUUCAGGGAAGUCUAUAAGUUGUCAGUUGGUUCACUCUAGCCAUUUUGGACAGGUAGGAGAUGAGAGUCACUGCAAAAUGUGUUGUUUUGAUAGAUUCUUAUAGUAUGUUGGUAAUAAAGGAAACCAAAUGAGUUUAAGAACACUGUUUUAGAAUAUUGGGUUGCUUUGAUUCAUUUUUUUUUUAUGCUUUUGAAAAGAGUUGCAGAACUUAAAACUCUUAAGAAAAUUGUGCAUACUGGGUCUGAAUUAUCUGCA